AUGUUACGGCAGACUUUGGCUCGAUCGGCCUGGCGGACGGGCGGUAGGCAUGUCGCCAAUGCCUCGAGGGCUUUCUCGGCAACUGCCCAGCGAGCGGCCGAGGUGGAACUCACAAUUGAUGGGAAGAAGGUGUCGAUAGAAGCUGGCUCUGCCUUGAUUCAGGCGUGUGAAAAGGCCGGAGCUACUGUACCAAGAUACUGUUACCAUGAGAAACUUAUGAUUGCCGGAAACUGUCGUAUGUGUUUGGUCGAGGUCGAGAGGGCACCGAAGCCCGUUGCAUCCUGCGCCUGGCCCGUACAACCCGGCAUGGUUGUCAAGACCAACUCGCCUCUCGUCCACAAGGCCCGCGAGGGUGUCAUGGAGUUCCUCCUCGCCAACCAUCCCCUGGACUGCCCCAUCUGCGACCAGGGAGGCGAGUGCGAUCUCCAGGAUCAGUCGAUGCGAUACGGUGCUGACCGUGGCCGAUUCCACGAGAUUGGCGGCAAGCGUGCCGUCGAGGACAAGAACAUCGGACCCCUUAUCAAGACAUCGAUGAACCGAUGCAUCCACUGCACGCGUUGCAUCCGAUUCGCCAACGAUAUCGCCGGUGCUCACGAGUUCGGUUCCACUGGCCGUGGCAACGACCUGCAGAUCGGUACCUACCUCGAGAGGAGCCUCGACUCCGAGCUGUCCGCCAACGUUAUCGACCUCUGCCCCGUCGGUGCUUUGACCUCGAAGCCGUAUGCUUUCCGUGCCAGGCCCUGGGAGCUCAAGAAUACCGAGUCCAUCGACGUCCUGGACGGUCUUGGUUCCAACAUCCGUGUCGACUCGAGGGGUUUGGAGGUCAUGAGGAUUCUCCCCAGGCUCAACGACGAUGUGAAUGAAGAGUGGAUCAACGAUAAGACUCGAUUCGCCUGCGACGGUCUCAAGACUCAGCGCCUCACCAUGCCUCUUGUCAAGAGGGAGGGUAGAUUCGAGCCUGCCGACUGGGAGCAAGCGUUGAACCAGGUCGCCGCCGCCUUCGCCACCCUCAAGCCCCAGGCCAACGAGUUCAAGGUUAUUGCUGGAGAGCUCACCGACGUCGAGUCCAUGGUCGCCAUGAAGGACCUCGCCAACAGGUUAGGAUCUGACAACUUGGCUUUGGAUAUGCCCUCUGGAAGUCAGCCCAUCCCCCACGGUGUCGAUGUGAGGUCCAACUACCGCUUCAACUCUAAGAUCUGGGGUAUCGAGGAUGUCGACGCCCUGCUCAUUGUCGGCACUAACCCCCGACAUGAGGCGGCCGUCCUUAACGCCCGUAUCCGCAAGCAGUGGCUCCGCUCCGACCUCGAGAUCGCUGUCGUUGGCGAGAGCUGGGAGUCCACCUUCGAGUUCGACCACCUCGGCACCGACCACGCGGCUCUUAAGAAGGCCCUCGCCGGUCCCUUCGGCAAGAAGCUCCAGGCUGCCCAGCGUCCCAUGAUCAUCGUGGGCUCUGGUGUUACCGACCACCCCGACGCCAAGGCCUUCUACGAGACCAUUGGCGCCUUCGUCGAGAAGAACGCUGCCAACUUUAUCACUCCCGAGUGGAACGGCUUCAACAUCCUCCAGAGGGCCGCUUCGCGCGCCGGCGCCUUCGAGGUCGGCUUCACCACCCCCUCGCCCGAAGUCGCCCAGACCCAGCCCAAGAUCGUCUGGCUUCUCGGAGCUGACGAGAUCGACCCCGCCUCCAUCCCCCGCGACGCCUUUGUCAUCUACCAGGGCCACCACGGUGACAAGGGUGCCGAGAUCGCCGACGUCAUCCUCCCCGGCGCCGCCUACACCGAGAAGUCGGCCACCUACGUCAACACCGAAGGCCGCGUCCAGACCACCCGUGCUGCGACGUCCCUCCCCGGCGCUUCCAGGCCCGACUGGAAGAUUGUCCGCGCCGCCAGCGAGUUCCUCGGCGUUCCUCUCCCCUACGACGACCUUGCCGCUCUCCGCGAGAGGAUGACCGAGAUCAGCCCCGCGCUCGCCGCUUACGACGUCAUCGAGCCUACGGCGCUUCCCCGGCUCAGCAAGGUGCAACUGGUAGACCAGAACAAGGGAUCCAAGCCCACGGGCCAGCCCUUGACGAAGGUUAUCGAGAACUUUUACUUUACCGAUGUCAUCUCAAGAAGCUCACCUACCAUGGCCCGCUGCUCGGCCGCCAAGGCCACGGGCAACCCUCAGACGAAUUUCAUGGCGCCCGGUAUGGAGGAGGACAGGCCAAUGGGCCAGGUCGCCUACGGCGCGUGA